AUGUGUCCGCCUACAGGAAAAAGCCUCAAAGAGCGCUUCAAAUCGGGAUAUAUUGUUGAACAUGUUCACAGAGAGGAAACUUAUAUCACCGCUGACUUGACAGUCACUGGUCAGACCCGUCUUUCUCACCUCGGUCACGACGUGGCCGAGCUCGCCCUCAAAGUGACGUUUGAAACACCCUCUCGCCUGCAUAUUGUCAUUGGUGACCGCCAAAACCGACGAUGGAGGGUACCAGAGUCCAUUUUUGAGCGGCCCAGUCCUGAUAGAGAUCUCAAGGUUGAUGAUCUGGCCUACAGUGUGGAUGUGUUGACGGACAAACCAGGUGAAAAUGGCCUUAUCCCUGACACGAUUUUAUCGGUUACUCGUAAUGAGGAUGGCGCACCCGUCUUUCGCGCGAGUUUGAGUCAGAUGGUGUUCAAGGAUCAGUAUAUUGAACUGGUUAAUACUGGGAUUGCUCCGAAAAAUGCGAAUAUUUAUGGGCUUGGAGAGAACGUUUCAGCAUUGCGAAAGGACCCUGAUGGGAGUAUAUGGACUAUAUUUGCCAGAGAUGCGCCAAGUCCACCAAAUGAAAAUCUUUACGGCUGUCAUCCUGUGUACAUGGAACUUCGCGAUGGCAAAGCUCACGGUGUGUUUCUUCUUAACAGUAACGGAAUGGACAUUGAGCUGCAUCCAGGAACUCUCAUCUACAAGAUCAUUGGGGGGAUUCUCGAGUUCUAUGUCCUGCUCGGACCAACGCCUUUGGAUGUCUGCCGCCAAUAUACAGAUGUUGUUGGACUGCCAGCCCCUAUCCCUUACUGGUCCUUGGGAUUUCAUCAAUGUCGAUGGGGAUACUAUACAUUGGAUGAAGUCAAGAAGGUCGUUAGGAAUUUUAAAAAGGCAAAGAUUCCGUUGGACUGUAUGUGGUUUGAUAUUGACUACAUGGAAGAAUUUAAGGAUUUCACGUACGACCCCAUCCGUUAUCCAGCAGCAGAACUUCAAGCGUUCAUAGACAAACUUCACGAAAGAAACCAGCACGCCAUCAUGAUUGUCGACCCAGGCGUCAAAGUCGAAACAAAUUACCCGUCCUUUGAACAAGGUCUUCAACUCGACAUUUACAUGAAAAACCGCAAGAGAGCCAACUUUAUGGGGAAAGUAUGGCCAGGACGGGUUCACUUUCCAGACUUUUUUCAUCCAAAAGCUUAUGAAUACUGGGAUCGGUGCUUGAGGGAAUGGUACGAAAUCUCGCAUUUAGACGGUGUUUGGCUGGACAUGAACGAGCUGGCCAAUUUCUGCAAAGGCGAAUGCAAGGACGAUCCCAGAACACCGAAUAAGGCGUUACACCAUCACACUCACCACUGUACACUCGAAUACCCGCCGUACCGUAUCAACAAUGCAGGGGAGCGAGAAGAUCUCCACACAAACACAACAUCGAUGGACUCUGUGCAUUAUGGCGAUGUUUUGGAGUACGAUGUACAUAAUUUGUAUGGACACAUGGAGUCCAUUGCAACAUACAAGGCUUUGACGGUUAUAGAAGGUGGAAAAAGGCCUUUUGUGCUAUGUCGGAGUACGUUUGCCGGAAGUGGACGGUGGACUACCCAUUGGUUGGGUGAUAACUUCUCAACCUUUGAAUCUCUCGCCUAUUCCAUCCCUGGCUGCAUCAAUUUUCAGCUCUUUGGCAUCCACAUGGUCGGUCCGGACAUUGGAGGGUUCAACGGAGAACCAAGUGAAGAACUCCUGACUCGCUGGAUGCAAAUGUCUGCUUUCUACCCUUUCAGCCGGAACCACAACGUUCGGGGCGCCAAACCCCAAGAACCGUUCGUUACACCCCAAGUUACGCAUGCAUCUCGCAUUGCGCUGCACACGCGGUACAAGCUUUUACCGUACUGGUACACGCUUUUCCACGAAGGCUGGACAAGGGGAACACCCGUUCUCCGUCCGUUGUGCUGGGAGUUUCCUAUGGAUCCCAAAACCUGGGACAUGGACACGCAAUUUAUGAUCGGUCCUUCCAUUUUGGUUGCACCUAUAUUGCGACAAGGUCAAGAGAGGAUCGUACCUUACCUUCCCAAAUCCAACUGGUACAAUUUGUAUCAUUACAAGGAGAUCCCCUCGGCGAUGCCGUUCAUGUCGGCGCCGCUCACGGAGCCUACCCCCGCGUUCAUACGAGGGGGAUAUGUCGUGCCUACCCAUCAUACACCCAGCUUGACUGUACAUGACAGUCGGGAGUCGGGGUACGACCUCCUUGUUGCACUGGAUGACUCGCAGAAUGCCGGGGGAACAUUGUACAUUGAUGACGGCAUAUCCUUGAAAACAACUCCUACAAAGUCAUCGUAUGAAAUAUCCUUUACGGCAACCGCAUCUUCUGUUCGGUCCUCUGGUGCAAAGGUUGCAGAAGACGUUGAAUGGGCCAUCCCGGAUUCGUAUAUAGUUCAUGAGAUUGUGGUGAUGGGAGUGCGGACAGAGGAUGAGAAUACGGAUAAGCCGUUUCGCGUUACAGUGAAUGGAGAUGCCAGACAGUCGACUUUGGAUAUAGGGGUGUUGAAAAUGGAUGUGGGCGUCCAUGUUUCUGAGGCCUUUGAGGUGGUUUGGGGCUGGGGGGACUGACAAACCAUUGAGUUUUUUUCUUUUUUGUUUCCCCUUGUAUAUAGUUGAACUUUUAGGGCCGAUAUCUCUCUCUUUUUGUUGCAUAGUUUUCUUGUAACUGCCGUGUACUAUGUAAAACUUGGAGGAACGACUUUCUCAACAUUUUUUCACCGUCCCAGUUCAACAUUGAAUGUGAC